UUAUUAAUUAUUAUUGUGGAUAACGGUAAAGUAAGUGUAGUAAAUGGACAGAGAGCAGCUUUUAACCAUGUCUACAAGUACUAAUCAACCCGGUGCAGUGGUACAAGCACCUCCAAGUGUUCAGCAACAGUAUGGAGCUCCACAGCAACUUGCAACCAGCUACCAGCUACCUGCAACUCAACAACAGCCUGCCACCAUGCAACAAGUGGUCCAACCUCAGCCUCCUAUAAUGCAAGCAGCCCCAAUACAGUAUGUGAACCAAGUGGCCCCACAACAGCAAGCCGUGUAUGCUCCACAAUAUCAGCCUAAGCCUCUGCAGUUGCAAGGUCAGGCUCCCCAGUAUCAUGGCAAUCAGGUUGCUUAUUCUGCACAGCAAGGAGGUGUUGCACAAAUUAUCAUGAGUUCUGGUUGGAAUCCUCCAAACUUCAACUACAAACCAAACGACUACUUUAUUCUGACGAUUGUCGUAGCAGUUGUCUUUGGAAUUUUCUUCAUUGGGAGUCUCUGCUGCUCAAUCCCAGCAGUCGUACUGUCUGUGAAGAGCAAGGCGGCGACUACUGCAGGCAAUAUCAAGCAGGGCCGCAGACUGGGAGUGUUUGCUGUCUACCUGGUUGUCAGUGCCAUACUGUUUGCUCUCGUAGCAGACAUUGUCCUCGUUGGGAUUGGGAUAGCUGGAAGCGUGCUGCCAUAUUGCAGAUACGGUUACAGCUACAGUUGUAGCUAUUACGGACGCUGAGCUGGACACAAACACAUGAAUAUGAGAUUACAUAGUACAGUACAUAGUUGCCAAUCAAUGCCUACGUAAACCAGAACUCUUACUGUGUGUGUAAUACUGUAAACCUAUAUAGCUCAGUGGUAAAUUGAUAUGGUUUGUGUAUUAUUGUGUAGACAUGUACACUUGUCUAAGAA